AUGGACAUGUUAAGCACAGCACCAGACGAAAUGAACCAUGAUGAAAUAAGAAACGAGACUUUGCAAGAUGGAUUAAAACAAAACGAAUUUAAAAAUGAAGGCAUGCGCAAUGAAAUAAAUAUAAAGAAGGAUGUAUCCGAUUUGGAAAAGGAAAACAACAUUACCCCAUCGGUAAUUGAGCAAGUUAAAAACGAUUUAAAAUUAAAUUUUGUUGAAAAUACAAAAAAUGCAGGACCAAUAAAUGGUGGGAAUCAUGAAAACAAUAAAAACACGCAAAAUCGUGAAAAUUUAAAUGAGCAAACGAAAAAUGCAAGAAUAGCAUUAAACACUGAUACAAAUAAUCAAAAUACAAUUUCAUCAAAAGGAUUUUUAUCUCCCCCUGCUUUUCAUAUAACUGAAAUUAUGCAUAAUGAAAAAUGUUUAAAAAAAACAAAAGGACAUAUAACAGUAGAAAUAAACGGAGAUAUAUGUGUAUAUGGUGGUAUGGAACAAAAUGUCUGUAUUGACAAUUUUGUUAGAUAUGUACCCGGAAUUAAUUUAUUUGAAAAAAUGCGAUUAAAUUCAGAAGAUAUACAAUAUAGAGCUUUUCAUUCGGGUAAUGUUAUAACUGAAGAUGAUAAGAAAUAUAUUGUUGUAUUUGGUGGGAUAAAUGUUCAAAAUUGUAUUACUGAUGAAACAUAUAAAUUUGAUUUUCAAGCAAGAAAAUGGGAGCAUGUUCAAAAUGAAUAUAAGCCACCUCCAAGAUAUAAACAUGCUUCUUUUAGUUUUGAUGAUGUAUUAUAUAUUCAUGGUGGUUUAGACGUAGAAAACCAGUUGUUAUCAGAUUUAUGGUGUCUUUCAAAAAAUUCAUGGACUCAAACUAAACAAAUUGGCACCAAACCAGAACCGAGAUAUGGUCAUAGUUUAAUGCUCGCUCCAUAUGAAAAAGUAAAAAUUGUUUUCUUAUUUGGUGGAAACAAACAAGGCUUCAAUAGUGCUUUAUCCGACAUUUGGGUGUUUAAUAUUAAUAGUAAUUCAUGGAAUGAGUUGCGCGAAUUUUCUGGUUCAAAACCUUGCGCACGAUGGGGUCAUUCCGCAGCUUUGAUUGACAACGAAUGGAUGAUAAUAUAUGGUGGUUUCACAAAUGGCUGGAUCGAAAAUUAUGCCUUAUCAGAUAUGUAUGCAAUGAAUAUAUACAAUUUUUCAUGGUAUGAAAUUGAUAUAAGCUCUUCAAAAGUAUUUAAUCGAGGAUAUUUUGGAUCACUUUGUUUGCUACCCUAUAAAAAAUCUUUACACGUUUUUGGGGGAACAAAUGGUUCAAAUGAAUGUGCGGAUGUCUUCAGUAUGUCACCUCUUGCCACAUAUGCUUCAUAUAAAGCAUUAACUGGUAGAAUUGAGCAAUUACACACUAAGCUUAAACACAUUGAUGAAAAUGGCAAUGAAAAUGGUAAUGCAAAUGUUAGUUUAGCAGAAUUCGAAUUAAAAUUUUCCGAACUAAAAAAUGAAGUUAAUAAUAUAAACAAUAUGAUGAGGGCCUUUGAAUCGAAAUUUGCAGCUCUUGAAAAAUUAAAUGAGCAGUGUGGAAAGCUUCUUUCAAAAAACAUCAAUUCGGAAGAUUUGGAAAAAUUAGAAAAACGUAUAAUCAAAUUGGAAUCUUCUAACGCCCUAAUGAAACAUGAUAGUAUAUAA